UAAUUUUCGUGGGAUUUUUUCUCUUUAUGUUAACUAUUAAUUGUAGAGAAAGGGAUCAGUCUCGCCGCUGGUCUUCGCCGCUUUGGAUCGAUCUCUCUCCCCGGCCUUCGGCUGUUGGGGGUUUGAAGGCGGAGAUUAGAGGGGCCACGAUGUCUUCUCUAAGUAGAGAGUUGGUUUUCCUGAUCCUGCAGUUCCUUGAUGAGGAGAAGUUCAAAGAGACUGUUCACAAGCUUGAGCAGGAGUCUGGUUUCUAUUUUAACAUGAAGUAUUUUGAGGACGAAGUGCACAGUGGUAAUUGGGAUGAGGUCGAGCGGUACCUCUCUGGUUUUACCAAGGUUGACGACAAUCGCUAUUCGAUGAAGAUUUUCUUUGAAAUUCGGAAGCAGAAGUACCUCGAAGCAUUGGAUAAGCAUGAUCGGGCGAAGGCAGUUGACAUCCUUGUGAAGGAUUUGAAAGUUUUUGCCUCAUUCAAUGAGGAGUUGUUUAAGGAAAUUACGCAACUUCUGACUUUAGAGAACUUCAGGGAGAAUGAGCAACUUUCUAAAUAUGGUGAUACAAAAUCGGCAAGAGCAAUAAUGCUUGUCGAGCUUAAGAAACUGAUCGAAGCAAACCCCCUGUUCCGUGACAAACUGCAGUUUCCCACCCUAAAAAGUUCCAGAUUGCGCACUCUCAUUAAUCAAAGCUUAAACUGGCAGCACCAGCUCUGCAAGAACCCUCGGCCAAAUCCUGAUAUUAAAACCCUUUUUGUUGAUCACUCUUGUGGCCAACCAAAUGGUGCACGGGCCCCGUCACCAGCGAAUAACCCACUGCUUGGAUCCAUACCUAAAGCAGGAGUUUUUCCUCCCUUGGGUGCACAUGGGCCUUUUCAAACUGCGCCAGCACCAGUUCCUGCACCUUUGGCUGGUUGGAUGUCUAAUUCAUCAGGUGUAACUCAUCCAGCUGUCUCUGGUGGUGCCAUUGGAAUCAGUGCUCCUACAAAUCCUGCUGCAAUUCUAAAACAUCCUAGAACACCUCCGACUGCUAACCCUGCUGUAGAUUACCCAUCAGCAGAUUCUGAUCAUGUAUCCAAAAGAACAAGGCCCAUUGGAUUUCUGAUGAGGUUUGUAAAUCUUCCUGUAAAUAUAUUGCCAGUUACAUAUCCUCAGAAUCAUAGUCAGGCUAUGUACAUGCUGGAUGACUUGCCCAAAACUGUUGCACGCACAUUAAGUCAGGGCUCGACUCCCAUGAGCAUGGAUUUUCAUCCAAUCCAGCAGACCCUUCUCCUUGUUGGUACAAAUGUGGGUGACAUUGGAUUAUGGGAUGUUGGUUCAAGGGAGAGAUUAGUUCUAAGGAAUUUCAAGGUUUGGGAACUUGGAGCUUGUCCUAUGUCUCUACAGGCUUCUCUGGUCAAGGAUCCUGGUGUAUCAGUUAACCGCAUAAUAUGGAGCCCAGAUGGCUCCUUGUUCGGUGUUGCUUAUUCAAGGCAUAUUGUACAAAUAUAUUCUUAUCAUAGUGGUGAUGAUAUCAGGCAGCACUUGGAGAUCGAUGCUCAUGUUGGUGGCGUCAAUGAUAUUGCAUUUGCGCAUCCUAAUAAGCAACUAUGCAUAAUAACCUGUGGAGAUGAUAAGACAAUUAAGGUAUGGGACGCAACGACUGGUACCAGACAGUAUACCUUUGAAGGUCAUGAGGCACCUGUUUAUUCCGUUUGCCCACACUACAAGGAGAACAUUCAGUUCAUCUUUUCAACAGCAUUAGAUGGAAAAAUAAAGGCAUGGUUGUAUGACAAUUUGGGUUCCAGAGUGGAUUAUGACGCUCCAGGUCACUGGUGUACUACAAUGGCAUAUAGUGCUGAUGGUUCCAGGCUCUUUUCAUGUGGGACCAGCAAAGAAGGUGAAUCAUUCAUUGUGGAAUGGAAUGAAAGUGAGGGAGCUGUCAAGAGGACCUAUCAAGGAUUUCGAAAACGAUCUUUGGGUGUUGUGCAAUUUGAUACCACUAGGAAUCGGUUUUUGGCUGCUGGUGAUGAGUUCUUAAUCAAGUUCUGGGAUAUGGACGGUACUAAUCUUUUGACAACUGUUGAUGCUGAGGGUGGUCUACCAGCAAGUCCACGUAUACGCUUCAACAAGGAGGGUACAUUGCUGGCUGUAUCUACACAUGAUAAUGGGAUAAAAAUCCUGGCAAAUGCUGAUGGACUUCGUUUGUUGCGCACAUUUGAAAAUCGUUCUUUUGAUCCUUCAAGGGCUGUUUCAGAGUCAGUGACAAAGCCUAUAAUAUGCCCAUUAUCUGCUGCUGCUGUUGCAACAAGUUCUGGAAUAACAGAGAGAGCUGCUCCUGCAGUGGCUAUAGCUGGAACGAAUGGAGACAACAGAAACAUGGUGGAUGUAAAACCUAGAUUAACUGAUGAAUCUAUGGACAAAUCAAAGAUCUGGAAGCUUACAGAAAUCAGUGAACCAACUCAAUGUCGAUCCUUGAGGCUGAUGGAUAAUUUGAGAACAAGCAAGAUUGUAAGAUUGAUUUAUACCAAUUCUGGAGUUGCCAUCUUGGCUCUAGCAUCCAAUGCCAUUCAUCUGCUUUGGAAGUGGCCUCGUAAUGAACGGAAUUCAAGUGGAAAGGCUACAGCAAGCGUCGCCCCUCAAUUAUGGCAACCCCCGAGUGGCAUAUUGAUGACUAAUGAAAUAACUGAUACAAAUCCUGAAGAAGCAGUUCCUUGCUUUGCUUUAUCAAAGAAUGAUUCUUAUGUCAUGUCAGCAUCGGGAGGAAAAAUUUCCCUAUUCAACAUGAUGACAUUUAAGACCAUGACAACAUUCAUGCCUCCACCACCGGCAGCAACAUUUCUCGCAUUCCAUCCUCAAGACAACAAUAUAAUUGCUAUAGGAAUGGAUGACUCCACAAUUCAGAUCUAUAAUGUCCGAGUUGAUGAGGUCAAGAGCAAGCUUAGAGGCCAUUCAAAAAGAGUUACUGGUCUUGCCUUUUCAAAUGUAUUAAAUGUGUUGGUCUCAUCUGGAGCUGAUGCUCAGAUUUGUGUGUGGGGAACUGAUGGAUGGGAGAAACAGAGGAGCAGAUUUUUGCAGAUACCCUCUGGACGGACUCCAUCCACUAUAUCAGAUACACGCGUUCAGUUCCAUCAGGAUCAGAUACACUUCUUAGUUGUACAUGAGACCCAAAUUGCUAUAUAUGAAACUGCUAAGCUAGAGUGUGUGAAUAAGUGGGUCACUCAUGAAGGUUCUGCGCCUAUCUCGCAUGCCACAUUCUCAUGCGACAGUCAAUUGAUAUAUGUUAGUUUCCUGGAUGCAACCAUUUGCAUAUUUAGUGCUGCAAACCUCCGACUGAGAUGUCGGAUUCUUCCAGCUGCUUAUCUCCCUGCCAAUGUCAGCACAACUGUUCAUCCACUUGUGGUUGCUGCACAUCCAUCGGAACCAAAUCAAUUUGCCGUAGGCCUGACAGACGGUGGUGUCCAUGUAUUGGAGCCACUAGAAUCUGAAGGAAAAUGGGGAGUUGCUCCCCCUGCUGAGAAUGGGUCCGCAAGCCGCAUGUCCACACCACCUCCUGCAGGAACCUCAAGUUCAGAUCAACCGCAGAGGUGAUGGAAGAAGCUGCAAACAGUCUUUAACCUCUUCUCUUCCCUUGUUUUCACCCUUGAUGGUUAAUGAAUGGCUAACUGAGUUGGGGCAUGAAAAACAUAUGUAGUCCUCCAAGAGCAGGCAUAGAUGGUUAGAUUCUUGCGAAGUAACUAUGGGGUUUUUCGUUAGUCUUUGCUUUGGUAUGGUGUUCCAGUUAGGUGGUAAAUAGUUGCAAUGUAAAAUUAUGCUGUUUAUUUGUUUUGAGAAGUUUUUUCUGACAUGGAUGAGAGUUCGAUGAAGUUUGUUUAACUGCAAGUUCUCUAUCAUAUCUAUUGGCUUGAAAUGCCUGUUAUGCUUCUUCU